GGGGUGGCGCGCGCGCCAUUUCUAGUCGUUUUCAAAGCGCCUCGCGCUGAUUCUCACGGGCCCGGCCGCCGGCUCCAGCUCUGCCCCGGAUUGGUAGCUUAUGUCGAUCUUGAUGAAAGAGCCAUUGAUGCUCUCAGGGAAUUUAAUGAAGAAGGAGCUCUGUCUGUACUACAGCAGUUCAAGGAAAGUGACUUAUCACAUGUUCAGAACAAAAGUGCAUUUUUAUGUGGAGUUAUGAAGACCUACAGGCAAAGGGAGAAACAGGGGAGCAAGGUGCAAGAGUCUACAAAGGGACCCGAUGAAGCAAAAAUCAAGGCCUUGCUUGAGAGGACUGGUUAUACCCUGGAUGUAACCACAGGACAGAGGAAGUAUAGUGGUCCUCCACCAGACGGUGUGUACUCUGGCAGGCAACCUGGAAUUGGAACAGAAGUCUUUGUAGGUAAAAUACCAAGAGAUUUAUAUGAGGAUGAGUUGGUGCCCCUUUUUGAAAAGGCUGGUCCCAUUUGGGAUCUACGUCUUAUGAUGGAUCCACUGUCUGGUCAGAACAGAGGGGAUGCAUUUAUCACCUUCUGUGAAAAGGAAGCUGCACAGAAAGCUGUUAAACUGUGUGACAGCUAUGAAAUUCACCCUGGUAAACACCUUGGAGUGUGCAUUUCGGUGGCAAACAACAGGCUUUUUGUUGGAUCAAUUCCGAAGAAUAAGACUAAAGAAAACAUUCUGGAAGAAUUCAGUAAAGUCACAGAGGGUUUGGUGGACGUUAUUCUCUAUCAUCAACCCGAUGACAAAAAGAAGAAUCGGGGGUUCUGCUUCCUUGAGUAUGAGGGUCACAAGUCAGCAGCACAAGCCAGACGCCGGCUGAUGAGUGGAAAAGUAAAAGUAUGGGGAAAUGCAGUUACAGCUGAAUGGGCUGACCCUGUGGAAGAACCAGAUCCAGAAGUCAUGGCUAAGGUGAAAGUUUUAUUUGUGAGAAACUUGGCUACUACAGUGACAGAAGAAAUAUUGGAAAAGUCGUUUUCUGAAUUCGGAAGACUUGAAAGAGUGAAGAAGUUGAAAGAUUAUGCAUUUGUUCAUUUCGAAGACAGAGGAGCAGCUGUUAAGGCCAUGGAUGAAAUGAAUGGCAAAGAAAUAGAAGGGGAAGAAAUUGAAAUAGUCUUAGCCAAGUCACCAGACAAGAAAAGGAAAGAGCGCCAAGCUGCUAGACAGGCCUCCAGAAGCACUGCGUAUGAAGAUUAUUACUAUCACCCUCCUCCUCGUAUGCCACCUACAAUUAGAGGUCGGGGUCGUGGUGGGGGGAGAGGUGGAUAUGGCUACUCUCCAGAUUACUAUGGCUAUGAAGAUUACUAUGAUGAUUGCUAUGGUUAUGAUUAUCACGACUAUCAUGGAGGCUAUGAAGAUCCCUACUACGGCUAUGAUGAUGGCUAUGCAGUAAGAGGAAGAGGAGGAGGAAGGGGAGGGCGAGGUGCUCCACCACCACCAAGGGGGCGGGAAGCACCACCUCCAAGAGGUAGAGCUGACUAUUCACAAAGGGGGGCACCUUUGGGACCACCAAGAGGCUCUAGGGGUGGCAGAGGGGGUCCUGCACAACAGCAGAGAGGCCGUGGUUCCCGUGGAUCUCAGGGCAACCGUGGGGGCAAUGUAGGAGGCAAGAGAAAGGCAGAUGCAUACAACCAACCUGAUUCCAAGUGCCGUCAGACCACCAACCAACAGAACUGGGGUUCCCAGCCCAUCGCUCAACAGCCGCUUCAGCAAGGUGGUGACUAUUCUGACUAUGGUUACAAUAAUGACAACCAGGAAUUUUAUCAGGAUACUUAUGGGCAACAGUGGAAAUAGACAAGUGAGGGCUUG